UCCUCAUUCAACACAAUUCAGUUCAUUGUGAUCUAAACAUGGGGACCAAGGUGUUGACGAUAGCCUUUGUCCUGCUCCUUCUAAACUUCGAGAAAAAUGCUUUCACAAUGGCUGCUGACCCAGUAACAAUGAAUGACAGGGCUGAACUACCAGCAUCUCAAAAAAUUGGUUUUGAUUCAAGUUCGUAUGCGCUGCAUUGGGGCAAAAAUCCAAAUCCUUCACCUUCCGAAGAAAAUGGUUUUGAUGCAAGUUCUUAUGCGCUACAUUGGGGCAAAAAUCCAAAUCCUUCACCUUCGGAAGAAAAUGGUUUUGAUGCAAGUUCUUAUGCGCUACAUUGGGGCAAAAAUCCAAAUCCUUCACCUUCGGAAGAAAAUGGUUUUGAUGCAAGUUCUUAUGCGCUACAUUGGGGCAAAAAUCCAAAUCCUUCACCUUCGGAAGAAAAUGGUUUUGAUGCAAGUUCUUAUGCGCUACAUUGGGGCAAAAAUCCAAAUCCUUCACCUUCGGAAGAAAAUGGUUUUGAUGCAAGUUCUUAUUCGCAACAUUGGUUCGAAAAUCCAAAUCGUUCACCUUCCGAAGAAAAUGGUUUUGAUGCAAGUUCUUAUGCGCUACAUUGGAAAAAUGCAAAUCCAUCACCUUCCGAAGAAAAUGGUUUUGAUGCAAGUUCUUAUGCGCUACAUUGGAAAAAUGCAAAUCCUUCACUCUCCGAAGAAAAUGGUUUUGAUGCAAGUUCUUAUGCGCUACAUUGGAAAAGUGCAAAUCCUUCAUCUUCCGCUUCUCUUGUCCCUGAAGCGCAAACAAGACACUGGCACAUCAAAGUUAAAACGGGCAUGUUGUUCUUGAAGAAGAUUUUGCAUGUCGGCACUAUACUACCAGAAGGCACCAUGUUUGCACGAGCUGAUAUGCCAAAGCCUGAUAGUUCAGUCUCUACCCCAUUGGAGCCAAAGUAUUUCGCAACAAUUGUAUCACGCUUCAAGAUACCUUACAACUCCAUGAAGGCAAAGCAGGUAGCCGAGACCCUUCAUUCAUGCGUCAAUCCUAUUGACAGGGAAGAGCCUCACGUGUGCACCUCAUCUCGCAAAGCAAUGGCAAGGUUUGCCACUACGGCUUUAGGAUCAAACCUCACACAAGCAGCCUUGACAAAGAUUCAUGGGCAUGAAAGCCUCACAACUAGGUACGUUGUGGCACAGAUCGCCCAACUCAGCAAUCAUACAGUGGCAUGCCACCCUAUGGAUUUUCCAUAUGAGGUGUUUUAUUGCCAUCAGCCAAAAGAAGUGCAGGCUUUGAGGGUGCAACUCAAUGAUAUGAAAAAUGGCAUGGCACGUGUUACAGCUACUGUCAUGUGCCACAUGAACACAUCCAACUGGGACAAGGAGUACUUUGAAUUGCUGGGCGGAGAGCGUGGUGAACCAGUUUGCCAUUAUAUGCCUCAGAAUUACAUCAUGUUCUACUAGUUAAAUAAAUUGUAGGCACUAGAUUCUGGUAGUUUCUAGGCUGCUACAAACCGGCAAUUGUGGCCAUGUAUGCGAAAUAAAUAUUUUCAAAUAAUAAUUACCUUUAUGUA